AACAAGCUAGACUUGUCCAAGUCUUCUUUUAAAACAUGUUAAAGAAAAGACAUCUUUUAAUUCCAUUGGCCUGUUUGGUAUUGUUCAUAUUUAUAAAAUAUACGAUAGAAUUUGGAAAUGAUCUUAAUGAUCAAUCUCCAAUCGAAUGUUUGUUUUGUAACAUUGCCCACGGAAGAAUAACGCCACCAAAACUAGAAUUUGAAAACGACGAAUAUGUUAUUUUCAAGGACAAAAACCCAGCCUCCACUUAUCACUAUUUGGCAAUACCCAAGCAACAUUUUGACAGUCUGAAAGUGCUCAAUAAAUCCCACGUGGGCUUAGUUGAGCGCAUGCAGAAUGGUAUGAUUCGUUUUCUUGAAUCAAAAAAUGUGAGUAAAGAAAAUGCAGUGAUUGGCUUUCAUAUUCCGCCGUUUAUAUCGCAAAAGCAUUUGCAUCUACAUGGAAUUUCUCCCAAAUCUGAAAUGGACUUGUCCAAUCGCAUAAACUUCUUCAUACCGUCGUUUUGGUUCAAAUCCGCCGACGAUGCAAUAGAAUCUUUAAAACUCGCGGACCUCUAGUCAUGAGAGUCAGGAGAGGCUUGAAUCCUUAAAAGGCAUGUAUCUGUAAUUAUCACAAGGAACCUAAAUAUUUGCUUGCGUCCAAUUAUAAACGGCAUACAUUCGUUGCUCAUUGUUCAAGUUUCUCAAACAGCUCAAAACAUUCCAUUAAGUUAGGUGUUACUGUGUAGA